AUGUUUGCCUUGCAAGGGAAAAGUUUAAGUUUAGAAAAUCAGAACGAGAACUGUGACCUACGACAAAACUUCACCGAUUCCAACGAAGAGGGGCGAUCCUUUAUCUGUGACCAGCUCACACUGCUUCACACUGGUAAUACAUUCUGUGCAGGCACAAAACCCAUCAAUCACAAGUCCCAGAUCAUGAACCAUGAGAGGACUCCCAAAAUAACAAGUGGACACGUUUGCAGUGAAUGUGGAAAAGCCUUCAGUAAGAAAUCUCAGUUCCUUGAUCACCGGUUGGUUCACACAGGAGAGAAACCGCAUGGGUGCAGUACGUGUGGGAAAGCGUUUUCUCGAAAGUACACCCUGACGGAGCAUCAGAGAACUCACGCAGGACUGAAACACUACGAGUGCCCCCACUGUGACAAGACCUUCCUCAAGAAGUCACAGCUCAACGUGCAUCAGAAGACCCACAGGGAAGAGAAGCCGUACACCUGCAGCGAGUGUGGAAAAGGCUACGUGGAGAGGAGGCUUCUUGUUGCCCAUCAGCUCAUACACACCGGAGAGAAACCCUUUUUGUGCGAGGAGUGUGGGAAACGGUUCACCUUGAAGAGCAGGCUCCUGACCCACCAGCAAACCCACGCAGAGGAGAAGCUGUACACGUGCAGCGAGUGCGGCAAAGGCUUCUCCAUGAAGCACUGUCUCGUCAGACACCAGCGUAUCCACACGCCUGAGAAGCCCUAUGUGUGCAGUGACUGUGGGAAAGGCUUCCUGGUGAGGAGCCGUCUGGUGGAACAUCAGCGAACUCAUACUGGAGAGAAGCCUUACAUGUGCGGCGAGUGUGGGAAAUGCUUCUCAGCCAAGAGCCGGCUGAUUGGACACCGGCGAACGCACACGGGAGAGAAGCCCUAUAAGUGCAAACAGUGCGGGAAGCACUUUGCAAGCAGGAGCCACCUCAAGGUGCACGGGCGCACGCACACCGGGGAGAAGCCCUACGUGUGCAGCGAGUGUGGCAAAGCUUUAAGCGGGAAGAGUGGGCUCAUUGCACACCAGCGAACUCAUACCGGGGAGAAGCCCUAUACAUGCACCAAAUGUGGGAAGGGCUUUGCUAGGAAGAGUAACCUGGCCGACCGGACUCGGGCCCCGACGGUCCCCAAGUGGAAGAAGUUUAUGGAAGAAGCACUGACCUUCAGUGAUGUGACUGUGAACUUCAGUUGGGAAGAAUGGGAGCUUCUGGACCCAGCUCAGAAGGCCCUGCACCAGGACGUGAUGUUAGAGAACUACAGAAACCUGGCGUCCAUUGGGUAUCGAGGUGGCGAGCCAGAUGCUGCCCUCUCCAGGUUGGAACGAGAACAGCCAUGGACUAUGUCAGAUAAAAGUCACAGUGAAAUCUUUUCAGGAAUCCCAGAGCACUGA